GAAUGUAUGUAAGCGUACACGCAGAAGGUGAAGUCCGCGCGGGGUGAACGUGCACGUUUUUAACUCUCUGAUUUGACCUGCCACUUGGACUUUGACCCAGAUCAGAGAUAUGUAAUCACCUCUUCACCGCACACUUACUUUCAGACCAACUAUUGAAGAAGUGACGACCGUGGAUCGAUCAGCGGGGGUUUGUUGGAGGCGAAGCCGCGACGCUUUGAGGUCGCAUAAAGUCACUAGAAACGAGCGGGACUCGCACCCUCCGCAUGAGCACCACACAGACAUUAACACUGCUGCCCAGUCCGGUGCAUCCCGGAGAGCAUGAGCCGAGAUGAGCCAGAGAGACACACUGGUGCAUCUGUUUGCUGGAGGAUGUGGAGGCACAGUGGGUGCGAUCCUGACCUGUCCGUUAGAGGUGGUGAAGACGAGGCUUCAGUCUUCCUCAAUAACACUUUGCAUCUCUGAGGUGCAUCUGAGCACAGUUAAUGGAGCCAGCAUGGCACGUGUGGCUGCUCCGGGGCCCCUUCACUGCCUCAGAUUAAUUCUUGAGAAGGAAGGCCCUCGUUCUUUAUUUCGGGGCCUGGGGCCCAAUCUAAUCGGAGUGGCUCCUUCACGGGCCAUCUACUUUGCAGCCUAUUCCAGCUCAAAGGAGAGACUGAACCAUGUGUUUGAACCAGACUCCACGCAGGUGCACAUGACGUCUGCUGGGAUUGCAGGGUUCACGGCCAUAACAGCAACCAACCCAAUUUGGAUGAUUAAGACACGUCUACAAUUGGACGCCAGGACACGUGGGGAGCGUCGCAUGAAUGCUUUCGAGUGUGUGCGGCGUGUUUAUCAGACGGAUGGGCUACGCGGGUUUUACCGCGGCAUGUCUGCCUCUUAUGCGGGCAUCUCAGAGACUGUGAUUCACUUUGUGAUCUAUGAAAGCAUAAAACGGCGUCUUUUAGAGGCCAAAGCAGCAACGCACAUGGAUGGGGCCGAGGACAAAGCCAAGGACGCGACAGACUUCGUGGGCAUGAUGCUGGCAGCCGCCACUUCCAAGACCUGCGCCACCUCCAUAGCCUAUCCACACGAGGUGAUCCGCACACGGCUAAGGGAAGAAGGUACCAAGUACCGCUCGUUCUUCCAGAGUCUCAACCUGGUGAUUAGAGAGGAAGGCCAUCGAGCUCUUUACCGAGGACUCACCACACAUCUGGUCAGACAAAUCCCCAAUACGGCCAUCAUGAUGUGCACCUACGAGUUCGUCGUCUACCUGCUCGAAGGCUAAACUUUGACUUGAGGUGCCUCAGUACUCAUGGACGAAAAGUUCUGUGGUUUCAUUCACAAUUUGGUAGUGUCUUCUGAGAGGAUGGUGUUAGGAGAAAAAGGAAAUGACAAAAAAAAAAAAAAAAAAAAAGGUGGUGUCUAGAAAGCAAUGUUCUUGUUUCUUGGUUUUUCUUAACUUUCUGUCUUUUAAUAUUCCUCAAAAUGAUGCUGCUUUUAAAAAGCCUUGACAGUCAGUUCACCUUUAGCCUCCUCAGAGUUAGUUUUUCCCUCUCUAACAGCACCUCACAUCAGAUAGCUCUCGAAUGUGGAUUCAGCAGGUUAUUUCUGUCAGAGAAGCUGUUCUUAUGUUGGCAGGUCAUCGAGGGUUUUGUCCGGCCCAUUGCUAUGCUGUAAUGGUGAUCAAAGCUUCACUGGAUUUUCUCGAGCUUUGAGCUGGAAAGAAAUUGAAGAGGAUCCAGACUGAGGCUUGCUUCCUGUCUAGGAGCAGCCAAUCAAGUUGCACUUACACCAUGCAAUGCAAACGCAAAAAGAUCUUACAUGGAUGCAUAUACCUGAGACUGUGCACACAUGUAUGGAGAAGAAAAAAAAAAAAGAUGUCUAAGAGCACGUUUAGUUGUUUGGACACUGUACAGGUGAUUGUGUGCUAAUCUCUGAAUGUCAUAUUUGUGUUUGCUGCCCAUAUUUGCAGUAGCCCCUCACUGCAGAACACAAGAUCCAGGGGGCGUGGUUGUAUCCACAUCUUAGGGGGUGGAGAUUGGUAGGUUUAGGUAUACGUAAAGUAUGACAAAGGAGUUGGAUCUAGAUCCAACCACGCCCCCUGGAUCUUGUGUUCUGCAGUGAGGACCAUCUCCAUAUUUGACCUUAAUACAUGAAUGUAACAAUCGUUGCAGCCAAAAUAGGUUGUUAGCACAAAAAAAACUUUAAUAAAUAUGUAUUCAGCAGCAACAUUACUAAUGAAAGAAAAUGAUCAUUCAAAAAAAGAGAAGUAAAUAUUAUGCAAGAAAGACAUUGCACUGUAACACAAAAUAAGUUUAUUUUUUGGUGGACAUGUUGCACCCCCAUCCCAAAAACACACAAUGAGCACCAAAAAAAAAAAAAAAAAUUGAAGCGAGUUUGUGGCCAUAGAAAAGAGUCUCAUGCUGCGAAAGAAAACAGCAUUUUUGUCUUUUUGCAGUAAAAAUACCAAGACAUCCUUUGAACAAGAUCACUUUGCUUGAAAAGCUAAAUUGCAUUCGAUAUUAAGACAUAUUAUUAUUAUUAAAUCAUGAUGUUUGUUACAAUAUAAUAAUAUUUCAUCACAAUAACCCCAAAAAGUAUAAAUCUGUUGUGUUAGAUUUAUACUUGACUCACUGGCAAAAUUCUUUUUAUUUUGUUAAGAAUAAAGUGCAUUUACUAAGAAUGUUGCCAUGUCUUUAAAUCUAUAUUUAUAUUAUAUUCAUAUUUAUAAUAUUUUUGUUUCUCAAUUUCAAGUGAAAUGAUCUUAUUUUAUAAGAAUGUUUUAGUUAUUUUCAUGAAAACAAGACUAAAAUACUGCUAAAGAUUUACUGCAACAUAGACAGAAAAAGUUAUUAAAAUAUAAAAUAUUGUCAAGCUGUCAAAAUUCAUGUUUUCACUUUAUGAUGCAGUUUUGUAUGAUGUUCUCUCACACUUAUGCCUUUAUGAUAUGUCACGAGUCCAGUGUUGUUGUUUUUUUCCUUCAGUGUUUGGUUGUUUUGUUUACAGUCAAUUUGGUGUGACCACCUCUGUUGUCACUGUUCGUUAGGACAUUAAUAUUCAGCAGUUGAUCAUAUGGAAAAAUAAAUGCAUAUAAGAAAACAAA